CAGACAGACUACAUCAUGCAUUUCAUUAAAAUUCCAAAAACUCUAUUGCCUGAAAAUUUUCGGCCUCAAAUUAUUAUUCUGGUCAGAGUUUUCACAACCCCCCAACCUAACAAAUCACCAAUUUUUUUUCUUUCACACUUUUUGCACUGCCCUUUCCACGAUUACGCUGUUUUUUCAACUUCCGUUGUGAAUUUGAACACCCUUUUCAUCCAAGUACAUAAAUAAACCAUUGAAUCUCAUUCCUCAAUCCACCUUCCAAUUUUCUUGGAUUCCUUGCGAUUAUUUCUUGGUUUUCUUUGGUGGGCUUCUCUUAUUUUCUUGAUUUUCAACUUAAAACCCCUCCUCGCUUUGAAUCUUGUGUGGAAGUAUUUUAGCAAAUUGGGUUUCUGGGAGGACAAAAGUUCGAUUCUUUGUUUGUGGAACCAUGGUGGGGGGUGUGUCUGUUGUGGGUUCAUCGUUGGUUGAUUCCAAGGCUUGUCCUUGCUUGUGUUUGGAUGCUUUGCCCUCAUGCAAUUUGAACGGUAGAGAUUUGAGUUUGCAAAGGCAUUCAAUUGGUAGGAAGCAUGUGCCUCGUUUAGGGUCUUUGGAAUUGAGCAGCUCAUUUCUUGAUUAUUCAUCGGUGAGAGCUCUUUCGGGUGCCAAGAGUUUGAGAAAACAGAAGAAGAAUAGGAGUCUUGUGGUUGUGGAUGAGCUAGCUGGGCAGUAUGAAGACAACUUUGAGGAUGUUAAGAAACAAAUUCUAGACUAUUUCACAUACAAAGCUGUAAGAACUGUCUUGAACCAGCUUUAUGAGAUGAACCCUACACAAUAUCGGUGGCUCUAUAAUUACGUCGCAUCAAACGAGCAUGGUUAUGGAAAAAGGUUUAUCCGCAACCUUGUAAAGGACAAGCAGGACCUUGCUGAAAGAGUGAUGGUAACUCGCCUUCACCUCUAUGGGAAAUGGGUUAAGAAGUGUGAUCACACAGAGAUGUACGAUAGGAUCUCCGAUCAAAAUUUAGAGUUGAUGCGUGAACGGCUGAUGGAGACCGUGAUAUGGCCAUCGGAGGACACAAACACUUAAGUGGUGGGAUAAAUCCAUGAACGAUGGAUGGGUUUCAUGGAUACUAGGAAGAUUGUUGUAUCACCUCGUCUCCUAGUUCUAUUUCAUCUAUGUGUAUAAUUCGUGUAGAUUUCACAAAUAGGAAAUAUUGUCAUUUGUUCUUUACACUGUGCUUCCUUAUUAAUUCACAUCUAUUCUAUAAUUUGUAGGUAGGCCUGAAUCGCUGUCUGGAUAUAUGUUUCUGAAAUGAGAAUUCUUGCGUGGUUUGGAUA